AUGAGUAAUUGGGUCAGUCUAACAAGUAAUAGUCUCGCACUUCUUCUUCUUCGCCGUCGCCUCUCAAAACCCUAACCCUAGCGAUGGGACGAGUCAUUCGGGCACAGCGUAAGGGUGCCGGAUCGGUGUUCAAGUCCCACACCCACCACCGUAAGGGUCCAGCUCGGUUCAGGUCUCUGGACUUCGGCGAGCGCAAUGGUUACCUGAAAGGAGUCGUGACUGACAUCAUCCACGACCCAGGGCGCGGUGCCCCACUGGCCCGAGUCACAUUCCGUCACCCAUUCAGGUACAAGCACCAGAAGGAGCUUUUCAUCGCCGCAGAGGGCUUGUACUCUGGUCAGUUCAUCUACUGUGGGAAGAAGGCCAAUCUCGUCGUUGGUAAUGUCCUUCCUCUUAGAUCUCUUCCUGAAGGUACCGUCAUUUGCAACGUUGAGCACCACGUCGGUGACCGUGGUGUUCUCGCUAGGGCAUCUGGUGACUACGCCGUCGUCAUCAGUCACAACCCGGAUAAUGGAACUAGCAGAGUUAAGCUUCCAUCCGGAGCUAAGAAGAUUUUGCCAAGUGGCUGCCGAGCUAUGAUUGGUCAGGUUGCGGGUGGAGGCAGGACCGAGAAACCAAUGUUGAAGGCAGGAAAUGCAUAUCACAAAUUCAGAGUCAAAAGGAACAGCUGGCCUAAGGUUCGUGGUGUUGCUAUGAACCCUGUGGAGCAUCCUCAUGGUGGUGGUAACCACCAGCACAUUGGUCACGCCAGUACCAUUGCAAGAGACGCUGCUCCCGGGCAGAAGGUCGGUCUCAUUGCUGCCAGGAGGACUGGUCGUCUCCGAGGGCAAGCUGCCGCCGCUGCUUCCAAAUCCGACAAGGGUUCUUAGGAAAAGGUCCAUUUUUGAAAUUUUCAGCGGUAACUUUCGAACACUUUUGUACUGUUUUAUUAGUCUUCUUAGGAGUGGAGCUCAGUUUUUGGAAUAGGGAUACCAUUUUGAAUUAUUAUAAUCUAUUUGUAUUUCUUUUUAAUUUGCUUUUGUGGGAAGGUACUGCUGAGUUGAAAUAUUUUUGCCUUAAUGUAAUGAAACUUUGUUUGACAUGUUUUGAGUUUAGUGGGAAUGCGUGCUAGUUUUUGCCA